AUGGCCACGCUCAGCAUCAUCGCCAUUGUUUCCCUCUUCUCUUUACUCGCUCCAACCCUCGCCAAAAUCCCCGGCGUCUACUCCGGUGGGCUAUGGCAAACCGCUCAUGCUACAUUCUACGGUGGCAGCGACGCCUCAGGAACUAUGGGAGGAGCAUGUGGGUAUGGGAACUUAUACAGCCAAGGGUAUGGUGUGAACACUGCAGCACUGAGCACUGCUCUGUUCAACAAUGGGUUCAGUUGUGGAGCAUGUUUCGAGAUCAAAUGCACCAGUGACCCACAAUGGUGCCAUCCUGGUAACCCUUCUAUCUUUGUCACCGCCACCAACUUCUGCCCCCCAAACUACGCUCUACCCAGCGACAAUGGUGGAUGGUGCAACCCUCCAAGGCCUCACUUCGACCUCGCCAUGCCCAUGUUCCUCAAAAUCGCCCAGUACCGUGCCGGAAUCGUUCCCGUCUCUUAUCGCCGGGUAGCGUGCCGAAAACAGGGAGGAAUGAGGUUCACGAUCAACGGGUUCCGUUACUUCAACUUGGUUUUGAUCACCAACGUGGCGGGUGCAGGGGAUAUCGUGAGGGCGAGCGUCAAAGGUUCUAAAACAGAGUGGAUGAGCAUGAGUCGUAACUGGGGGCAGAAUUGGCAAUCAAACGCGGUUUUGAUUGGUCAGUCACUGUCCUUCAGGGUCACAGGCAGUGACAGACGCACUUCCACCGCGUGGAACAUUGUCCCAAGUAAUUGGCAAUUUGGCCAAACCUUCAGGGGGAAGAAUUUCAGGGUCUAA